UUGAAGGAAACUCUCCCACUAGCGACACCUCUAUGGCCACGGCGCGUCUCAUGGCUACACCGUCUCGUAGCCCCACCGACGACGGCGCUUCAGGCGGAGCCGGACUCGUCCGAGGAACAAGUGGAGGAUCAUCGUGCUCACCAUUGGCCGAUGGCGUUUCACAGUGCGGCUUAUACAGCCCAACCUCGACAGCUCGCUCAAACGUCUGCGGAGGACUUGAUAGACAUUUGGACGAUACUGUCUCAUUGUCGUCCGGUCUCCUCUCAGACGAAGGAUGUGAUGACGCCUCAAGUUUGCUCUCCUCUCUGUCUGCUGCCAUUGCUCGCUCCUCCACUGGGAGCCUGCCGACAAUGACUGUAUAUCCACAAGCCCCUACGCAAUGUACACCUACUUAUGGGAUGUUCUCCUGUUGAUCCCUAUAUGCAGCACUAUUCGGGAAAUAGUCCAAUGGUUAGCGGUGCGUGUCCACCCACAUCGUAUCGCUCCAAAGUCUCACCUCCACUGAAGCGAUCAGCUCUUGGUUUAAUGUAUGAAGAUCGAGAUUUGAAGCCUCUGUCCUUGAAUGUCGGUGUUUACGGCUCAAACUUUUAUUGGCAAGGUGAUGCUACUUGGUCGCAGGGCGAUCAACAAAGAAUGCAAUACCAACAGUAUGGUUCGGGAGUAUCGCGCCCUGCCUGA